AUGACGCGCAGCUCAACACUUGGACUGACUGGGACUGACUUGGCCAUGGGCGCUGGCGGCAUGGGCAGCAGCGCGGGAGCUGUGCAAAGAGCGGGAGCCGUGCUGGGCGUGGGCAGGAAUGUAUCAAGAGUAUGCGGGGGGGGGAGGGGGUUUGGAUGCCGGCCGCUACCACUACCGCUACCACUACCGCUACCACUACCGCUACCGUAUACCCCUACGACGACGACGACCACGGCCACUACUACCACUACCACUGACACUGCCACCACCACUGCCACCACCACUGCCACCACCACCACCACUCCCACCACUCCCACCACUCCCACCCCCGCCCGCCGUUACCGCUAUGCCUCGACGGCCACGACCGCCCCUCGUCAGCCUGCAUCGACCUGGGGGCCCAUCGCGGCGCCAAUGCCCAGCCAGAUGCUGCCCGCCGAAUCGCGCAUCCAUGGCGACAGCUCCAUGGCCGCCCGCUCGUCUCACCGCUUGCUGGGCUAG